UUCUGCGGAAAAUUUAAAAGGCGUUCGACUGAAAGCCGUGCGCAUAUUAGCACACACACGCCAGCGACACGAAGAGUUUCUUCCUUGUACGCGCACUUCCGCCCUCUUCCGUUUACGCUUAAGAGCCCAAAAUGUAUUUACUUUGAACUAGCAAAACUGUCAACGUCCACCGCAAACUAUCGGCGGCAAGAAGAACCCGCAUCAACGAAACCAUAACCAAGCAGUUGUGAGCAAACAAAUUAGUGUUUAAUUAUACAUAGGCGGUGGCAUACAGCAGGCAUCCAACAGCUAGCAGCCGGCAGUCAAGCUGUGGGGCAAACUAACCAAGUGGCAAUUCAUUAAACUUCGAAGAAAGGACCCGAAAAUGCAUCAAAGCAGCGAAAAAUGAGUGAAAAAACCAUCGACAGCCAACACAAAGACAAGUAUACUCUUACCAAGAGCAAAAGAAGCAGAAAAAGAAACAAACACAAAUAUAAACCGCAUUAGAGGAUGCAGAAGCGUCCGAAAGCGGAAGUGAAGCGCGUGACGAUGUCGGGCACGGGGCAGGGACAUGGACAGGGACCGGCCAAACCGCCUCGUCUGAAGGCCGCGAAAAAGCAUUUGCAAUUCGAGAGUCCACUGCCACGUCGGACACGCGCCAGGCAGCAGCAGCAGCAGCACCACCACCACCAGAAGAGGCAGCAGCAGGGGCAUCCAGACAAAGUCAUUGCUAUGCCGAGCAACAGCCAGGAUGCGGACACGGAUGCGGCAGCGGAAGUUGGAGUGGACGUGCCAGAAACAGAGCCAGUGCCAGUGCCAGUGCCAGUGCCAGUGGUCGAACCAGGAUUCAGUCAGGAUUCAGUGUCACAGUCGUCGGCCAUAAAAAGACGUCUCGCCGAGGGCUGCAGCACUCUUAUGUAUGCGUGUCAGCGCGGCGACAUUGUCCAAGUGCUCGCCCAAAUGCGCGCCAAGCCCCAACUGCUGCGGCAACGGGACCGCAGCAAUCGGAACGCGCUGCAUUAUUGUGCCGCGCAGGACCUGGAACAGACAAGAGACCUCGUGGCGGCCGCCAGCAUCGCCAUCGCAGCCCCCGAGCUGCUGGAGUCCGCCGAUGAAGAUGGCUUCACUCCGCUUCACUUGGCUGUUAUUCAGGGCAACUUGGCCAUGGUCAAUUUGCUGCUAGCGAACAAAGCCGAUGUGAAUGCGGUGGACAAUGAGGGUCACUCGGUGGUGCACUGGGCAACUGUUUGCGGCGAGGUGGAGUCCCUGCGCGCUGUCCUGGCAGCCGGAGCAAACGUCGCCCAGCCGGAUGUGAAUGGCGGCACUCCGUUGCACUAUGCCGCCCAGAUGUGCGGGGCCAGCUACGACAGCAAGCAGCAGCAGUCCAACUCCAGCAAACUGGCCCUAGAGAUACUCGGCAUUCUGCUGGCCCAUCCUCAGAGCAGUGUCGAUGUCCAGGACAAGGACGGCCGGCAGCCGCUGCUGUGGGCUGCUUCGGCGGGAUCGGCCAAGGCGAUGAUUGCAUUGGUGAAGGCGGGUGCCCGUGUGGAGAGUGCCGAUAAAGAUGGACUCACGGCUCUACACUGCGCCGGCUCGCGUGGGCACACCGAGUGUAUCGAUACGUUGAUCAGCCUCUGCGGCGCCCCGACCGACCUCAUCGACUCUAACGGCUGUACAGCGUUGCACUACGCCGUGACCCUGGGCCAUGCCGAUUCCACAGCCCGUCUGCUGGACUUGGAGGCGGAUCCAAACCGACAGGACCGCAAGGGACGGACGCCCGGCCACUGUGGCUGCGCCAAGGGACAGUUCGAGACGUUGAAGCUGCUCAAAGAGCGAGGAGCGAAUCUCUGGCUCAGGAAUGCGAAGGGAGAUCUGCCGCUCCACGAGGCAGCUGCCUCCGGUCGAAGGGAGCUCGUCGAAUGGCUGCUCGCCCAGAGGUCCAAGCAGGUGAACACCACCAGCAACGAUGGAAGGAGUCUGCUGCACAUUGCGGCUGCCAACGACUACACGGACAUGUGCAAGCUCCUCCUCGACUACGGAGGGGAUGUGAAUGCCGUCUACCGCAACUCCAGGGGCCUGGUUCUGACGCCCUUGGAUGGGGCUUUGCAGCGAGGACACCGCUCGACGGCCAAGUUCCUGCAGGCGAAUGGCGGCCAGCCUUCGAACAAGGUGAAGCUUACCACCAGACGGGGCAAUCCCUUCCACGAAGCCAACGCUGCAGAUCUGGUGCGACCCCUGAAGUAUGUGGAGAAGGAGGAGGUCCAAGAUCUGCGCAGCUCCAAGAAGUACGUCGUGUAUCUAAAGCGAUCGGAUUCGGAUAAUGGUAAUGGCAAUGGGAACGGCCAAGAGGAGGGGGACUGUAGCUGUGCGGAGGAAACCUACCGCAAGGAGCAGCGCCUGAAGCACGUUUGCCGACGCCACAAGAGGCGGCAGCUCCGCAGACGCACCAGCAGCUGUGGCGAGUCCAAGCACGAGAAGUGCAGCGAUCUGUGCCGCUCCAAUAGCAACAUCGAGAUCAGACGCCGCAAGUCCAGGGAACGGUAUGCCAGCUCCAGCGAUUGGGGGGCCGAGGAGGAGGACGACGAGGACUCCUGCGAGAACUGCUGCUACCACAAGCGGCGGAAGGAGCGGGUGGUGUCGCGAAAGCGCUCCACAUCUUCCAGAAGAUCGAAAGAGCAGCAUGAUAGCGAUGCGGAUGAUGGCAGUGAGGAUAACAAGUCCAACGCAUCGCCAGUGAAGGGUUCGAGGAAGCAGAUUGAAGUCAAUGGAGAAAAUAUUGCAAGAGAGCAAGGGACGGGUAGUGCCAAGGAUCGUCCCCAAUCUGCUGUCAAACUCCAAACGCCACCGUCCACAGCCAACAAGGAAAGGACCUUCAUCAAGUCGCCGCCCCAGAGCGCCAAGAGCGAGAAGUCCGUGCAACCAGAGACUCUACAGGUGGUUGAAUCGCAUGCCGUGGAGCUGACAGACGAGGAGCAAGAGACGGCCAAGUCCGUGGUGACACAAGUCGAUGUCCAUCACGAUGCCGAGCAGCUGACAUCUAAGUCCUCGGAGGAACUACCUGCCGCAGAGGUCGAGCAGGUGCAGAAGCAGGAGCCGGAGGCCAAGCUGCAGCUUAGCGAGGAGGAGACACAGUUGGUCUCCAAGGAGGUUGAGCAGGUCAUCAAAAUAGCAGCCACUGCCUUGAGCAGUGAGUCCAAGAGCUCCACCGAAGAGCAGCCAGCAGAGGUGAAGGAUGAGCACCAGGAACAGAAUGUAGCUCCAAAAGAAGAAGCUGAAAAAGUGGCAAAAGAAUCCCACCCCACUCCUGUGCCAGAGAAAGCGUCAACACCCCCUGUACCUGCCACGCCCACACCGCCACCAGCCAGUGGUGGUGGGGGAGAAACGCCCAAGCCACAGACAACCGCAGAGGCACCACCAGAGCCAGAGCCACCAAAAGCUGAGGAGGCAUCAAAACCUUCAACAGCAUCUGCUGGCAAAAAUCGAGAGCAGAUGGAGAUGACGGCUUCCACCAUUCCCCCGUCAGAGCCACCCAAGCCGCAGGUUGAGCCGAAAAAACCGCCAACCGCACAGCAACAACGCCCUGCGCCAGCCCCAGCCUCAGCCCCAGUCGCGGCGCAGUCUCCAACCGGCACCCAGUCCCAGGAGCAGCCGCAACGGGAGCAGGAGUCGCGACGUUCGUUCACACUGCUGCCCUCCGACUCGGCGGACGAUGACCCAGUUGGAGCCCCUGAGGGCGCAGCAAACGCUUCCGACGAACCACUGGCCACUGAACGCAAAUCGAGCUUCCAUGUGCUGAAGAGCGACGAAUCCGUGGGGGACCUGGAGCGUGCAGCGCGCCCCGGACGGAGCGUCGACUACAGCGGCAACAACAAUCAAGUCUUUCAAGUGGUGGCCGACGGCAGCUCAGCGACCAAGCUGCCCAGUGCCUCGGAGCUGGAGAAGAUGGACUACGACUAUGAGGAAUACGAUGAGGAGGAGUACGACGACGACGAUAUCGAUGGCAUUGACCCGGAGCACGACAGUGCUCUGCGUCGCUUCCUGAACAGUGGCAAUCGUCAUGGCGUGGGUGGGGCAGCAGGAGAUGGCGCCACAGCCACCAGUGAUGCUACUGGAGCCGCUGGAGUCUACGAUGCGAUGGCCAACGGACGCAAGCGUCGCCUUAAGAAGCGCGUGCGCAGCGGUGCGAAGACGCGCAGCAACUGGAAGAAUGCCCAGGAGACCCGCGACGGUGGUGGCAAUGCUGUCCUGACCAGCAAGGAUCAGGACUCGGGCUUCGAGCCCAGCCCGCGGGCGGAACGAAGCAAAAUUCCCACCCUGCGGUCGGCCCACACGGCCAUGCCGCGGCGCCCCAUCUAUGCCACCCUCGACGGUCGGUCCUGCAGCAGUCGCCUGGAGAAUCGUAAGCCCGGCGAUAAGGGCGCCUGCGAUAUGGCCGCCGUCACGCGGUCCAUUCAGCGCAACAUCCGAAGAUAUUACAUGGAGCGCAAGAUCUUCCAGCAUCUGCUGGAGCUCAAGUCGCUUCAGAUACGCUCUAGCAAGCUGAACGAGGCGGUCCUCGUGAAGCGGGCGGUCGACGACUACCACAAAUCGUGUGUGUUGCUGAACGGCGAGACGGGCACCAGGCUGCGGCGCUACAACUUCAGUGAGUACACGUUCAAGAACUUUGAACUCUUCCUGUACGAGACGCUCAAGGGACUCCAGAAGCCGGGCACCAACAACUUUCAGAACAUCAACGACGUCUACGAGGAGGCGGAGCGACGUCUCAGUCCGGACUACAAUGCCUACGAGAAGGCUCUACAGUGCACCACAAAGACGCAUCGGUGCCUCCAUGCAGCACACGCUUACACGGGCAUUCCCUGUGCCGCCUACAUUCCCAUGAUGAAUCACCAUACGAUGCCCAAGUUCGGCUUUGGACAGUACAAGAAGACCGGCAGCGUGAGCAGCUUCUUUCUGCCAAAAAUACUCACCAGUGGGCGUGCCUCCAGCGGCCGGGCCGCCGGCAUGGGCGGCAGUGGUGGUGGCGGUGGCAGCCGCUGCAACCACAAGGUUGCUCUGGAGCUGUCACAUGGCAAGAAUAAGCAACUAAUUUCACUGCCAGCGGAAAAGUUGGACAGCAAUAAACGCUAUUAUGUGACGUUCACAGUUAAGGACUCCUCGGGGCACGGCAGUGCCAUCGAGUCGCACAAACAAUACCAGAAGCAGCACCAGCAGCAGCAUCAGCACCAGCAGCAAUGCGGGAAUACUGCGGGCGAGCCAGGCGGCAAGUAGCCGCCUCGCCAUGCCCGUAUACGUAAUGUGGCAUACAGUGCGUACAGUCCGCCAUUGCCAUUGCCAUCAGCCCUCGUCACUGGCCUCGGCCCCGCGCAUCCCCCCUGCGUCCCCUGCUAGCGUUGUUGCUGCAAAUGCAUUAAAACAAUGCCAUUGCAACAUUUUGUGUCGCUGAUGCUGAUGCUGCUGCUGCCACUGUUGUUGUGACCACCCGUUGUCCGCUGUACAUCGCUGUUUUUUCGUUUGUUUCCUGUACUGCUGCUGGCGGAAAACCAUGUAAAAAAGAAGAGGUUGAAGAGGGCAUAUUAGGCGCUGCUGCACUCCUGCUCCCUGGACCGCUUCCGGGGUAUGCCCCAGUCGAGUCGUGUGUGGAUCCUGUCCCGUGCUGCACUUUAAGAUGGCCAACUGCUGAUAAUGGAUGAUGGCGCUGCUCUGCGGCUGUCAGUUGAAGUUGUCACGCCAGCAGCGUUGCAAGCAGCAGCAGCAGGAGCAGUAACGGCAGCUUAAAUUAUGUGCUCCUCUAACCCCGGGCCCCGGUGCGAGGGCUGCUCCUUCACUCUGUUUUGUUUGGUUGUUUCUUUUUUUUAAAUUUCCUUAUUUUUUUUUGCAUUUGCUUGUUUGUUUGUCUGCUGGCGCUGCCGCUGCGCUUUUAUUUCAGUUUUUCAUUAUCAUUCUUUGUCGUUGUCGCUGUGAGGGAGGGGUGGGGUGGGUUGGGGUACUGUGGGGGUGGGUGGCCGCUACUGCUGCUUGGUAUACUGCUUCUAAUGCCACAGAUAAGCGUUGUUAUUAACGCUCGGCUUACCAGGACUAGGCGACAGGCGUGAGGACAUGCCGCCCAUCGUCGCUUUUGUACUCAAACAUUACAAAAAGCAGCAGGAGGAAAAACCAGAGAAGGCGGACCAGGAGCAGCGGGAGCAGCUGGAACAGCACCAAGAGCAACAGCCACCGCACACGGAACAAAAGCAGAAGCAGGAGCAGAAGCUGACGCCGAAGCAGAUUCAGAAUCAGACUAAGCGAAUGAAUAAAUGUAAAAUAUGUACCGUGCAUUUCUUUGGCAUUUCAACAUUUUUACUUUAUUUGCAAUUUUAUUUACUUGUCUGCUUUCGCGACCCUGUACUGCAGGGCGCUGGUACGCUACGGUGCGGUGCGGUGCGGCACCCUACCCGCCGCCUCCUCUC